AUGAAGUUUUUCGCCUUAAUAAUUUCAAUCAUCUUUAGUCUAGCUUUUCUAUCGCUCACUGAAGGCUAUUUAAUAUGGAUUCAAAACAAGUUGGUUAGAGGCACAGUGUCUAUAUCUACUGCCCUCAAACGAAGAGAUGGCGGCGUAAUUGAUGAGCAAACGGCAUCUGCUCAUAAAGGCUACCAUUUGAAUGUACCUAAUAAUUAUCCGCAGUAUUACCUUUCUUUUGACGUUUUAGGCACCCAACAACAACUUAAAGAACGCGGACCGAUCAAUAAUACUCAGGAUUACUGUUGGCACUAUCAUGGAAAUUCUUUAAAAUGGAACGUAUACCCUUGUUGA